AUGGCGUCGUCUCCUACCUUUUUGAUGCGACUCGUAUCCUCAUCAGUUUCUGUGGCCAAUAGAGCCGGCGGGAUUAUUAGAAGCAUCCUUAAAACAGGCAGUCUCGGAGUGGUGGAUAAGGUUUGUUAUUUGGUUGCGUUAUUUUCUUAAACAGUCGAUUGGAGGUUUUGGUAGGUCUUCCGAAGGCGUGAUUGGGUCUCACAAGCCCCGUAGUAAGGAAUUAUACAGUGUGCCUUUAAAAAGUAGUACUCAGCUCAAAAUAUCUAAUCUACGAUCUCCUUUAAAUUUCUUUUCUUUUUCUUGGUGGAUAUUUUCGUAAAAACUCAAGAUAUUUAUAAUAAACAGUGAUAAAUUAGAAGUGAAAAUUGUAUUCGCUUUUGAAAAUAUAUUCAUUUGAGUUUGGUUUAGUGGGUUUUUAAAAAGAUCUGCUUUGUCGAAUCAUGGACAGGUUGUGGUUCAACUUUUAAAAUCCUUGGUUUUUCUUUGUUUCAAAAAGAUUAUCACUCUUUGCAAAAAAGGGAGAUAAAGUUUCAACUACAGGGCUUUCAAUGCUUGAUUAUGUUACUUUGGAUAGAUGGUCGCUUAUAAUUAAUCUGGAGGGUGUUCAAUUGCGAGAGGUGGAUUUGGCUCAUGCACCUGUAAAACAAAGAUAGGACUUCAGGGAAUGGCUCUAUUUCUGGUGCAUUCUGCCAUAGAAAGUGAAAAAGAUACCACAGUGGGGAGGGAGGGGGGAGGUACUCCGGAUUUCAAGUGACAGGGAUGAUCAAAUGGGGGGCAAAAAUCAAAACCCAAAAAAUUCCUUGGAUCAAAUAUUAACCCCCAUAAAAUCCCAUUCCAAAUUUCUGAGGCCAAGUUUGGGGGAAUUUUUUUUUUGGAGAACUAUGCUGCCGCCACAAAUCUUCAGAAUGUUUUGAAUACCCCAAAAAUCCCUACUUAAAUCAAUCCACCCAAGAAAAUACUUGCCAAAUUUUCCUACCGAAAAAAAAUUCCAGAAUCGAAACGUUUAAAUCCAAAAGAAUCCUUUGAUCAUCCCCAUCACUUGAAAUUCGGAGUAACCUCCCCCCCUUGGUGUACUACUCAACAUGGGGGACCACAAUGGUCACAGCUUUUAGUGCUGCAGAGGCCAGGUACUUUCCUUGCCCCUUUUUAUCUUGUUCUUUCUUUUCUGUCCUUUUACUUGGACAUACAACUGAGGAGGCUUGUGCAGCCAGCUGCCUUAUGUGAAAUUGAAGUGUAUUAUUUUACCCUUGGUCAAGAAAACCCAGUAGAUAGGUAUGAUAGGGACUGUCACCAUUUUAGUAUUUCUUUCCAGAGUGUUGCCCCUUUUUUUGGUUGUUUUGCCAGUCAUGUUAAUUGUGACUGGUGCAUAUAACAAGUUAUCUGUGGUAUGUGUUGUCUUUAUUUUCAUGAAGGCAAUAAAGGACAGUAAAUUACUUUAGUAAAAUGAACAGAUCAAUCUUUUAAACAAAGUAUCUUUUUCAUCAGGGGGAAAGUGGUCAGUUUGAUCCCCAAACAGAAGCUGACCGUGCAUCUCAGAAAUGUAUCAUUGGCUCGCUCCUGAAAACAUAUCCAACCCUACAAAUUAUUGGUGAGGAGGAGGUGAGUAAAAGAUAUAAUAAUCUGUUAUUUAAAUUACAUGUAGAUUCCCUUAGAGUUGUAAUUAACCAAGGCUAGCUGUCAUAAACAACCAUCUCAGUGGCAGGUAGGUUUUUGUAUAACUGAAUAAGGGAGCUAGAAAAAUUCUCAUAAGAGAAAGACCAUCGCGUCUAUGUACACAACUUAAGCAGAUGCAAAAAGAAAAACCCUGAAAAAAUUGAUUCAGGGUUGGAAUGGGAUUUGAAUCCAUGAUCAGAAUGACCUCUGUAAUACCAGUGCAGUGCUCUUACCACUAAGCUGUCAAGCCAGCUGGGGGCUGAUCACUUAGGAGUUCAUGAUAUACAUGCAGGGUUUCCAGAAAGAAAAUCAUGCAGUGUGAGAAAGGUAUUUUAGAAUGAAGAUGGCACUAUUAAAAAUGGUAACACCUUAAAAAACUAUUUCCUUUAUUUUGUAAUUUAACAUGAUUAUUUAUUUUUCACUGAUAUUAACAUUAUAAAGGAAAUAAAGGGAGAUGUAAAGAAUCAACCAUAACAGGACACAGAAAAAAUCUGAGCCCCAGAUGGGAUUCAAACCCACGACCCUCCGUGUUCUAGAUCGGAUGGUCUAACCUCUGAGCUACUGAGGACUCGUUGGCGAGCAAGGGUCAUUUUUGUGGGUUGGACUUGCGAACCGCAUCUCGCAGUCACACAGUCCAUCACAAGCAACACAUUAAGGCAUGACACAGUCACAUUAAUAGUAAGAAAUGUCUCACCCAUGCUCACCCAUGAUCAUCCGAUCUAGAACACAGAGGGUCGUGGGUUUGAAUCCCAUCUGGGGCUCAGAUUUUUUCUGUGUCCUCUUAUGGUUGAUUCUUUACAUCUCCCUGUAUUUCCUUUCUAUUAUUAUAUUUUUAAUACAAGAAACAUAUGAAUAACUUCAAAAUUGACACAAUCUCCAAAAAUCUAUGGCACUGAAAGUGUACAAAAAUUUUAGAGGCUGAUAUUAUUGGUUUAGACUACUUCAGUGAUUGACCAGCCGUUUGACCCCGGGGGGGGUACUGCCAUAUAUGGGCUAUAUAGGUAUGUGCCGCUGUGAAGGGUAUGGUUUUCAAGCAGUUUACUCUAGGAUAGGGUAUAUAAAUCAGAGCGUUUGGGUCUAGAAUAGGGUAUUAUUUUUCAGGAAAGUGACUAGAUUUUAUCUAGACUAGGGAAACAGCUACUCAAGGAUAGGGGGAUUUGGGGAGUUUACUCUAGUAUACUCUAGUAAAGGGUAACAAAAUUCACUUGAACUAGCUCUGGUAAAGGCUAAGGGUUCCAGGGUCCCAGCGGCACAUCCCCACUCCCCCCAGGCCAUUUGAGUGGGCAUAGCCUGAAUUUCAGCCAUUUUCUCAAGUUGCGACCUACAGAUAGGGAAGAUGUUUUUGUGAGAAAUCUGCCACUCAAGGAGAAAGCUGAAAUUCAGGCUACAGGGCAGUGAUAACAUAAAUAUUCCUAGACUUUCACUCAGCUAAACAGGUUCUGCCUUUGGUUGAUUCUUGGUCACAUGGCCUUGACUAAAAUCAAAUGUAUCCCAAUCAUGAUACAUUAAGCAAUGUAUCCUGCUCGGGAUACAUUAAAGCACGUGAUCAAAGCGUGGCAGAAAGUGGCGUGACAGUAGGCGGGAAAAAGACUGUCAGUUUUCUUUUUCGUGAAUGAACACAACAACACAAACACGAAAGCCUCAAGCCAAAAAGCAAGAAUUUUUAAAGAUACCCCAGAAGAGAAACAGCGGCUAGUGGAGGAAAAAAAUGCAGAUAAUAUAAGGAAAGUACUUUGUAAAUCAUUGAUUCAAUGGUUUUGAGAAUUAAAUGUGUGUUCACUGUUGUUAUAAGUACCGAGUCGGCUGUUUUGGUUCAUUCCGGUUAUUCUUUUGUUGCUGUUGAAGUGAAAGUCUAGAAAUAUAACAAAACACUUAAUGUCAGGUCCCUCGGGAAGCCAGUUAGUUUUGUUUUCCCUCGACUUUUCAGGGCUCUCGGGAAAACAAAACUAACUGUUUCCCUCGGGAUCUGACAUUAAGUGUAUACUAUUCAAUGUGUUGAGUGGAGUAAAUAAUCAUGUGCAAUUUUCUUAUUUAAACUUGUUUAAAUGUAGGAUGUUCAUCUUGGUAAUGUAAAAGAUGAAUUCAUUGAAGCAUCUCAAGAUGUUGAUGUUCUUUCGAAACUUUGUCCAGAAGAUCUAGUAUCAGUGAAGCCUGAAGAUGUGAGUUUUCUUCAGUUCAAUAUUAUUAAUUUUAUUCUAAAUUCUAUGCUAUAUCACCUCAACUCAUCACUGCCUAUACUGCAUACAUGUACCUAUAUGUAUGUGUUUUGGCAGUUUAAUUUUAUCCGUUGCCUAAAGGAAUGCAGAGAUCUUUUAUUUCAAUUAUUGACCCAUUCGUCACCUGGGAAUUUUGCCGAAAAACACACUUUGAAGCUAUAUUCAAUAGUCUAGCACUUUUCUUAAACUUACCCACAAAGCUGUUUACAGGUGGUACACUUCAUGGCCUUCUGAUCCAGAUCGAACUAUUAGCUUGCGAAGUUCGGGCACGCACAAGAAACAAAAUUUCGAGAUAGUUUUUGGGUUUAAAAGUGACACAGCAAUUUUGACUGGGCAUGUUUAAAACUCUAAAACACAAAAUGGCAAGUGACUUUCCCAAUGGGCUAAAUGGUAAACAACUGACUCCUAGUUUUCUUGUUGAUGUCCAGUGGUUAUUUCUCUUGCCUUCUUUGAACUAGCAAAGUUCAAUCUGCUCAGCAUGCAAAACCUCACAAAUAUUUUUUGUCGCAUUCUUUUGGUGACUAGUUGCAGUCACAUGGCCUUUCUUUUCACUUUCUCUCCUCACCUCUUCUUUUGCUUUUCUUGCCUCAUUUUUUUUCUUUUGCUGGGCAUUUAGUAGACUUCAUUUUGGUGGGAAAAUUUUUUGGGAAAGCUUUUAGGAUCGUAGGAUUAGAUGAAAGGGAAGGUAGGCUAAGGUGGGUUGUGAAAAAAGAUUUUCAUGGAAAUUUUGGGUCAGUGUUACAUGGUUUUUGCCUUUUUCUCUGGUCUCUUUGACUGAAUCAUGCUCAUUCUGGUAUGGUUUGAAAGAUCUUUUCACCCUGCACAAGUUAGCGGACAAAGUUGUCUGGGACCAUUAAAGCUGAUGAUGUCACAAGUGAUAAAAAAGACGUGGAUCUGCACAGGUGGUUAUGGGCAGUUCAGGGGCGAAUAGGUUAAAGGUUUUAUUCUUGCAUUUUAUGGUAUUACUCACUAAGUAAAGUUGUUUUAAUAUUAUUAUAGUAUUACCAAAAGCUGUGUAGUAAAUCAACAUUAAUGAUAGGUAGACUAAAAUUGUGGUUUAUAUUUUUUAUAAUGACAGGUAACUGUUUGGGUAGACCCAUUAGAUGGUACAAGAGAAUUUACUGAAGGUAAUUUUAGAUAAAUACUUUAAAGUUGUCAUCUGAAAUCCGUUUAUGAAACACAUUAUUUUUAGCAUAGCACAUUUUACAUUUUAUCCGAAAUUUGUGUGUUGUAAAAAAGUAUUUUUCAACUGAGUUUUGGUGUACAUGUAUUGUCAGUUGUUCUUUUUAUAGUAAUUAUAUUAUUUAUUUACAAUUAGCCUGCCCUGUUGAGAUGGGCUGAGCUGUACAGCAGUAUCCUAUUUACGUGACCUUAAUAUUAGCAUCCAUUUUGAUCUGCAAAUUGUAGCAGUUCUAUGUAAUAGUUUUUUAUUGUGCUUUAAAAUACGAAUACUGUACUAUGAUUACCAGUAGGUACAAUUGUAAGGAAGGGAUGUGACUACUAAGUGCAGGGGUUGUCCAUGGUAUACUAAUACUGUUAUAUCCCUAGACUUUCACUCAACUUAACUGGGACAGCCAUUGGCUGAUUCUUGGUAAUGUGGCCUUGACUAAAAUCAAAUGUAUCCCGAUCAUGAUACAUUAAGCAGUUGUACCCCAUUCAGAAUACAUUACAGUACGUGAUCAAAGCAUGGUGGAAAGUGGCGUGACAGAAGGCGGGAAAAACACUGCCAGUUUUCUUUUUCUUUAACACAGGAAAAAAUAACGGAUUCCCAUUUUUGGAUAUUUUAGGGUAUUUAAAGAAUACCCAUAAAAAUCCCAGAUUUGGCAAAGUGAGACAAGUCCCAACCAGGGAAUUCCCAGCGAAGUUCCCUGACUGGGACUUGUCUCACUCUUCCAAAUUUGGGAUUUUUGUGGGUAUUCUUUAAAUACCCUAAAAUAUCCAAAAAUGGGAAUCUGUUAUUUUUUCCUGUGUAAUGAGCACAAGAACACAAACCUAAAGCCUCAAACCAAAAAGCAAGGAUUUUUAAAUAUACCCCAGAAGAGAAACAGCAGCUAGUGGAGGGAAAAAAUGCAGAUAAUAUAUCGGAGAGUUUAAAUCAUUCAUUCAGUAGUGUUGACAAUUAAAUUUGUGUCCUUGUAAGUACCAAGUCAACUGUUUUGAUUCACUCCGUUUAAGCAUAUUCUUGCUGCUCUUGAAGUAUGUUGAAGUAAAAGUCUAGAAAUGUAACAAACCUCUUAAUGUCAGGUCCCUUGGAAAACCAGUUAGUUUUGUUUUCCCUCGAGUCCUGAUGUUUCCAGAGAUGAACUUGUGGGAAAACAAAACUAACUGUUUCCCUUAGGAUCUGACUUUAAGUGUAUACAUAAUGUUAUAAUAAAUAUUGUUACCGCCUGAGUUGACUACCUGAAUCACUGUUCCAGCCAGUUGGGUGGGGUUGUACUUGUAAUGUUAGUUUGCAGCUCAAUUAUUGCGUUAAUUACCCCUAAUUUUUCAAGUGUUAUGUAAUUUAAAAUUCCACCUGGAAUUGCCAAAAAACAAUAGUUGAAGAUAAUCCAGCCGUUGAACGUCUACUCACUUUAUAACCAAAAAGAAGCAAAACCUCCCCCAAAGUGGCUUUUGCUCCUGUUGCAGGCCUUUUUGCCUCCUAAGCAAGGAGUUUGAGUUAUUCUUUUCAAGGAAGUUAAAGAUGGGUGCUUAGUGGAACAAGAUUUCAAUGGUAUUGGCAUUUUCCUGUAAGAAUAACAUGAUCAAUUGCAUAUUUCUCUGGCCUGUUUGACAGAAUCAUGCUCAGUUGGGUUUGGUGUGAAAGAUCUCUUCUUCCCUUACACAAGCUAGCUGUCAAGGUCGUGUGUGACUGUUGCAAGUGGUACAAGGGAUAUGGUUUCACACAUUGUUUCUUAUAGCUCAUGAUUAUGAGCAAACUCUGUCCUACGUUGACAAUGUAUCAACAAAAUAAUGCACUACAAUAACUGAUUUGUUAUUUCACAACAAUUGCAUAAGGUUUACAUUAAUUUUUUGCUUUACAUUUCAUUUAAUACUAAAGGUCUCUAUGAUCAUGUAACAGUUCUUAUUGGCAUCUCAAUGAAUGGCAAGCCUAUAGCAGGAGUCAUCCACCAACCUUUUUAUGGCUAUGAAAAAGAAAUGCAAGGAAUUGAAUUAGGAAGAACAAUGUGGGGUGUAAGAGGCUUAGGAACAUUUGGCUUCACUCAUGUUCCACCACCCACUGGACGGCGCAUCAUCACCACAACACGCUCUCACUUAAACAAGACUGUGGUAGAUGCAAUAGAAGCAAUGAAACCUGAUCAGAUACUGAAAGCAGGUGGAGCUGGGUAUAAAGUCAUUCUUUUGCUUGAAGGAAAAGCAGAUGCAUAUGUUUUCGCUAGUGCUGGAUGUAAACGUUGGGAUACCUGUGCUUGUGAGGCAUUACUGGAGGCUGUGAAUGGCACUCUCACAGAUGUUUGUGGAGAGCAUAUCAAAUAUGAUGGUCAAGCAGACAGUUACGUUAAUAAGACUGGUGUGCUAGCAUCAUUAAAGGAUCAUGAUUUCUAUGUUAGUAUGAUUCCAGAGACUAUUAAAAGCAGCUUGCUUGGAAAACUCUAACUGCAAUGGUAAUUUUGUUGGUGUAGCAGUUAAGUGAAUUAAAUAAAUUAUUGAAAACCUCUUGGUAGCUUUUUCAAUAAAUAACCUAGAAAAUGCUGGGGUUUUAUGUAACUGGGUGAUCUGCUAUUAGCCUGUUACACAAGCAUUAGACUUACAGAAGUGUAACAGAACCACAGUUUUUAACUUGCCUUGUUACCAAAGUGAAAUUCAAGAAACUGACAACUUGAAAAGUCAUGUUUCCAAUGAAGUUAAAGUGAGUUUAAGUUUUAAACUUUUGCACAUUUCGGAUUGACUCACAUACUUAGAACAGAAUGAUGACAUGUGCCAAAACAUCCUUAACAAGCAUAAAAAUCUAUGUAUUGAGUAGAUUUUCGUUUGCAAAGUGAGCCAAGACAAUUACAAUGGUGGGUAUCACACUACAUUGUCCAUGUGUAUAUUCUGUUAUGUUACAUGUGGUUCUUCCAGGUUUUUUCCUUUCUUGAUGUAGUCAUAAGUUCACGCUGCACUGUUAGUUGGGUACUGAGGUUAACUACUAAGAUACUACAAUGUAUAUCCUCUUAACAAGUAAUAUAGAGAUUAAAAAUUGAAAUAUAUGAAAUGAAUCAUAUUUUGAACUGCAGAUAAAGAUACAUGGUUUAUACAGAAUUCUUUGGGAAAAAAUCAAGGACUUUUCAAGGACUAAAAUCAUUUUUUCAAGGACUUCUUUUCCCCAGUAAUAUGAAGUAAAGACCUUUACAAUGUGCAGAUGGAGAGGGGGUCUCUUGUUGCUAUACCUCCCUUCAUUAAGGCACGAUACCUGGGGUACUUCAAAUAACAGAAAAUGAACUAUGCCGGGAACACCAAAAUCAUAGGAAAACACUUUCAUGAACAACAAGAAAAUUUGUGUAUUGCUGUGCUUUCAAUCAUUCCUUUGCGCAAAACAAUUUUAUUUAACAAAGGUUAUUUUUAUUCAGAAAAAAUAGUAUUCAAGGACUUUUCAAGGAUAUUCCACAAUUCUUCAAUUUUCAAGGACAUGAUGCUUUUUCAAGGCCUGUGCGAACCAUGAGAUAUGAGAGUGAACCUUCUUUUUCAACCACUUAAGUUGUUCAUACUACUGCGAGGAUCAUGUUCACUUUUAAAAAUAACAAUAA